AUGGAAAUCGAUUCGUCUAUAAAAAAACGUUUAACAAAUGCUAAUCAAACACAUUUGCUUGACUAUUGGUCAGAACUCAACGAUGAACAACAUCAAUUAUUAUUACACGAUAUAAAUGAAAUUGAUUUUGAUCGUGUAAAUAAAGCUUAUAAUGGCAUUAAACGUGAAUUAUUUGCAGAUAAAACAAUUCCAAAUAAUCAAUUACUUAAUCAAGAUGAUGAAAAAGAAACACAACAAGAAAAUAUUGAUGAUAUUAUGGAACCAGUUCCUGAUACUAUAACUGGAUCAAUCAACGAAGCUAGUGAAGAACAACUGGAAUGUUAUCGUCAGAAAGAUUAUUUAAAAGCUAUUUCUGAAGGUUUUGUAUGUGUAUUAUUACUUGCUGGUGGACAAGGAACUCGUCUUGGUGUCGAUUAUCCAAAAGGCAUGUACGAUGUUGGCUUACCAUCUAAAAAAACACUCUAUCAAAUUCAAGCUGAACGUAUUCGUCGACUUGAACAAUUAGCUAAUGAAGAAUUUAAAACAAAUACAUCAAUCAUUCCAUGGUUUAUAAUGACAAGUGAACAUACUCAAGAACAAACAGAAAUAUAUUUACAUUCAAAUAAUUAUUUUGGUUUAAAAUCUGAAAAUGUUAUUCUUUUUGAACAACAUCUAUUACCUGCAUUAGAUUUUCAUGGAAAAAUUUUACUUGAUGAAAAAUAUAAAUUAACUAAAGCAGCUGAUGGUAAUGGUGGUUUAUAUCGUGCAUUAACAACAAAUCAUAUUUUAUCUGAAAUGGAUAAACGACAAAUAAAAUAUAUUCAUGUUUAUUGUGUGGAUAAUAUACUAGUUCGUUUAGGUGAUCCAAUAUUUAUUGGAUUUUGCAUAGAAAAAAAUGCUGAUUGUGCAGCAAAAGUUGUCAAAAAAACACUUCCUAAUGAAGCUGUUGGUGUCAUAUGUAAAGUUCAAGAUCGUUUUCAAGUUGUUGAAUAUUCUGAAAUAUCAGAAAAAACAGCAAAAAGAAAAAAAUCUGACAAUAGUGAUGAAUUAUUAUUUAAUGCUGGAAAUAUUUGUAAUCAUUUUUUUACAUUAAAUUUUCUUAAAGAUGUUUGUCAAAAUCAUGAUGAUGAACUUCGAUAUCAUAUAGCAAAAAAGAAAAUUCCAUCAAUUGAUAAGAAUGGGAAGCGUGUUGAUAAGCCAAAAGAAAUUAAUGGAAUAAAAUUAGAGAAAUUUGUUUUUGAUGUAUUUCCAUUCUCGAAAACAUUUGCUACUUGGGAAGUACGUCGUGAAGAUGAAUUUUCUCCAUUAAAAAAUGGUACAGGAAAUAAAGAUACAGCUGAAACAUGUCGAAGAGAUUUAAUACUUCAACAUAUUCGAUAUCUUAAACAAGCUGGUGCUAUAUUACAAGAAGCCAAUGAAAAUAUUUGUGAAAUUUCUCCACUUGUUUCUUAUGCUGGAGAAAAUCUUGACUUAGUCAAAGGACAAAAUCUGAGUUUUCCGGUAAUUAUUGACUUGAAUAUGGAAACAAAAAAACCUGAAAUACAUACAUCUAAAACUUUCCCUUGA